GGGUGCUAGCUUCUACCUUUCUGUAACACAAAUCGAAUUCCUUUUCCUCCAAGGUUUUUCUUGUGAACUGGUGGUUGGAGAAUAUGUCAGGUGCUGAAGAAAACAAAGAGCGAACGGAAGUUGUUAUGGACGGCGGUGGGAAGGGCAUGCCAUCACCACAGCAGGAAGAGGAAACUGUGAAGAGUAAAUAUGGUGGGUUAAUGCCAAAGAAGCAACCAUUGAUUUCUAAGGAUCAUGAACGUGCCUACUUUGACUCUGCUGAUUGGGCUUUGGGAAAGCAAGGUGGCCAGAAGCCUAAAGGACCGCUGGAGGCUCUCCGGCCGAAGCUACAGCCUACUCACCAGCAAACAGGCUACCGCAAGUCUCCUUGUGGGCCAUCAGAAGGUGAAGAUGGAAGCGCUGCCCAAGAGGAAGAUGCGACUCAAUGAAUAAGAAUCUCAUUUCAAUCCUGGGAAAAUUGUCUGACAUUGCCUGUGUUGUUGAUAAUGAAGUUUCGCCUGAAUAAAACACAUUCAAAGAGGAUGUUUUAGUGCAUCGGAUAAGGGAAGAUGCAGCAGCCACUGAGAGGUCUUCCAGAGCUUAUUCCUGUUGUAGAUAAGUUUGAAAUUUCACAUAUUUUCAGUUUGGAAACCAAAAUCAUUUAAUCUUCCUACUCUCGACCUUUUUACCGUGUUGGUAUAGAGUGGGCUUAGUUGUCUUUGCUUUAAAUUUGUGCUUGUGUUUUAGGAGUAAGCAAUUUCGCAGCUAAACCAAAUAUGCAGUCAGUUGGAACCAUAAUGUUCAUCCAUAUAGUUGGUCUUGUGAAUGUUAUGUAACCUUCAACUCUAAUUUAUCGUAUUUUUAUCGUUACUGGUUGGCAAUCAUAACGUUCAAUCGUUUUUCUA